AACGUUCUGCCCUCGACUCUCUGGCAAUGCCCAUGACUUGCUCUCCCCCUAGCGUAUGUCAGGUGUAAGGAUGGAAAUGAUGUGGAAAGUCCCGUACAUUGGAAAUCCCCUGUCGGGUUUUUACGCGAGUAAAGCACCACUAGCUUUGCCCUAGCAGAAGUUCGGUUACACACUAAAAAAGAUAAAAAGCAGCAAUUUAAUGUAACGUGAAGCAUCUGUGAAAGAUUUCUGCAAAUAUUAAUCAGACGUAUUGUAAAGGGGCCACGUUUUGCACAUACAUUAACCCAGACGGUACCAUGUCCCAGGGCCACAGCUUUCUGCCCAAGUUCCUGUUUCUGAGCAACCUGCUGAAAGCGGUGAGGGUACAGGAGCGUGUGCCCAAUGACGUGGUCAAGCCCUCGGCCAGUGGUGGCGUGGUCCAUCACCUGCGCAGCAUGCACAGAUAUACGCUGGAGAUGAUCCGAAUCAACCACUUCCCGCAGGGCUUCCGUGAGGUCAUCCAGGCAGCCAUCCUGGACCGUGCCAUGCAGGUCUCCCUAGAGCAGGAGAAGAUGCUCAACUGGUGCCGGGAAGUCAAGAAGCUGGUGCCGCUGCGCACAACUGGUGAUGGAAACUGCCUGCUCCAUGCUGCCUCCCAGUACAUGCUGGGGGUUCAGGACACCGGUCUGGUUCUGCGCAAGGCACUGUACAGUGUACUGACGGAGACGGACACCUGCAAUUUCCGCAAGCGAUUUCAGACAGAGCUGCUGCAGUCACAAGAGUUUACGCGAACCGGGCUGCGCUACAACACAGUAAACUGGCAGGAGGAGUGGGAGAAGAUCGUAGAGAUGGCCUCUCCUGAAAUCAACCGCGGUGGCCUCCAGUAUGACUCAUUGGAGGAUAUUCACAUCUUUGUCCUGUCCAACAUCCUCCGCAGGCCUAUUGUUGUCAUUGCAGAUCAGGUGCUGAGGAGCAUGAAAUCAGGCUCCUCCUUUUCCCCUCUCAAUGUGGGAGGUGUUUAUCUGCCACUGCACUGGCCCCCGGGAGACUGCUACAGGUAUCCCAUAGUGCUCGGCUACGACUCCCAGCACUUUGCGCCCCUCAUCACCAUCAAAGACAGCGGCCCAGAAAUUCGAGCUGUACCGCUGGCCUACCCUGGAAAAGGUAUCUUUGAGGACCUCCGCGUCCACUUCCUGACGGAGAAGGAACAGCAGCAGAAAGCCAAGCUGAUCCAGGACUACCUGACUGUGAUUGAAAUCCCUGUGAAUGGUCUCAGUUAUGACACAACGCACAUCAUCAAUGCAGCAAGACUGGAUGAAGGGAACCUUCCAGAAGACAUGAACUUAAUGGAGGACUACCUGCAGCUGGUCAAUCAUGAAUUCAAGCUCUGGCAAAAAGAGAAGGAGCCGGCCUCAGAGGCCAGGCCUCAGGACUCCCCUCGCUUCUCUGUCUCCCAGCUGUCCCUUAUGGAGGCUCGCUGUGCCACCUCCAGGUGCCCGUUCUAUGCAUCGGUGGACACCCAGCCCUACUGCCACGAGUGCUUUGAGAGGCGUCAGGACAGAGGGAGGCCAGAGGUUGAGCCCUUGGGAGAUCAGGAAAGGCUUGGAGGAGAGCAGCCAAGGGUGGGUAUCAGCUCAGCAGCACCUCUGCCAAGCCCUCGCUCAGCCCCGCCCACCGCACCCAGCCUUGUCCUGUACAGUGAGACCAAUGCCAUGAAGUGCAAGACGCCUGGUUGCCUCUUCACACUCAACGUAGAGCACAGUGGACUCUGUGAGCGCUGCUUCCAUGCUCGGCAAACCGGCCUGGCAAGGCAAGGGAGUAAGAAAGGGGAAGGGGGCAUUGGCCUGCGGGAAGUGGAGAGGUGUGGCCUCUGCCGACAGGAGACCUUCAGGACUUUCAAUGGGUUGUGCCCCCCAUGUAUCCAGAGGACUGUCACCAUAGGUGGGGAACAACAGCAGCACUCAUCCUGGGGUGACCUUUUUUCCUGCACACAGUUAAAGCCAAAUGGCCCUGGGACCGUCGUGGAACCUGGACCCUACAAGCACUCGCAGUCCGGCAGGCCUUGCAAGAGGGCAGGCUGCCGAUAUUUCGGAACCAUGGAAAAAGCAGGCUUUUGCACCGUGUGUUUUGUGGACUAUGAAACCAAUCGCCGGGAGGACCGACCGGUGGUCGCCUGGAGGGGGUCUCCCCCAGCAGGCAGCACCUGCUUGGAAGCAGGUUUCCAGGGCUCCUCACACGCCAUGAGAGCCACUCAACAGGGACAGACGCAGUGCAGCCGGCGCACCUGCAACAAUACCUGCAUCGGCUGGACGGGGCUGUGUCAAGAGUGCCACGCUCAGAGCCAGAGGGAGGGGGGCAGGAGACAGACCCCAGAGGAGACGCCUAAACGCCGCUGCAGGACCCCAGGCUGUGACCACUAUGCAAACACGGAGAAGCAAGGCUACUGUAAUGAGUGUGACCUCUUCAAGCAAAUAUAUAGUGGGUGAAAGUGAGUAAGGGAGGCAAGGGCAGUUGGCCCACACAGUACCCAUCAUUCAGCAUGAAUUUGAUACAAGCACACUAUUCAUCAAAGCUAACAUGAGUGUUUAAAUAGUCAACCUGAACACAGCCACUGAGAAGAAUUUGGUAUUUUAGUUUGUUUGUUAAAACGGAUUAGGUUUCUACAAAGGUUAUUUCUUAAGAUGAUACAUUGGCAUUACAGGUGCAAUUCAACUUCUGGUUUCAGGGACGGUUAUAGGGUACAAAAACACUCCUCUGUUUUGUUUUUUUGUGACAAUGGUUUAAAUGUCAUUUUCAGUUCCUUCCUGUCUUUUGAUGUUAUGUUAAGUUUCAGAAGCUUGUCACUUGUCUGUCCAUUAUCAAUUUUCUGAAGUGUGAACUGGCCUCAGCCUUGUGAUUUUAGUUUCACUGUGUCAUUUCUGGCCAUGCCUGGAGAUGCACAGUGUGGAUGGAUUUAAAAAUGUAAUUCAACAAGAUGAUGAUUGACAACAGGACUAAUGGGUUAGUCAGGAUUCUAUCCAACCAAUGCAUGAAAUGAAUUAAACUGCAUACCCAGUUGACCAAACCGCAAUUGAUGUUUAUGGCUUUCGUUUCCUUUGGUUCUGCUGAUAACCCGCUGAAAGAUUAACCUUUGUGUUCUUUUCUGGUUCACAUUUUACUGUGUGAAGACCAUCUGUUGCUGUAUUAGAAGUGAAAGCAAAUGAUUGGCCCUUACAAUAAAAACAAACCAAGUACACAUGCUGUUCCUCAGUAACAACCCAAGGGCAUUUCUCAGUGGAGCUUUGUAGUCAUGGAUUCUUAACUUGGGAAUACAUGUUUUUUAAAAGCUUGCACUGAGCAAAGUUUUCAUGCAUGCACAUUUCAUCAUAAUUACAUCUUAAGUGAACUCAAAGGAGGGGGAACUCCCUUUCGCAAGAAGGAAACGGAAACCAAAAACGUAGAGAAAAAAAACCCUGUUGAAAUGCUGGUAGGCACUUGAGUGCCAAGUGCUGUGGUGAUGAUUGUUGAAAGCAGCCAGCCCCUUGAGUACAAUUCUGCUUACCUUAGCUUUUCAGUUUGUUAAUUUCACAGACUAAACUGAAAAAACCUCACUUUAUUUAUUACCAGUGCACACAGUGCAUAUGCACAACUGACAACUGACAUUUUUGCAUUAAGAUAUACACCUCUUGUGAUGACUCUGACAUUGAUGACAAUCUGACAUUAUUGUAACUUGUAGAAACUGAAUACAGAGUAACCAUGUAAUGUGUAUAUCUGUGAUAACUGUUGAUCUUUAUACUGGAAAAUGAAAUGAAUGAAAACGUGAUAUAGCUUUUAUAUAAUGAAGUUAAUACAAAGCAGAAAGCGUUUGACAGCCUAUGCCUAGUAACUAUAGGUAUUUAUGAGUGAACAUGAUUCAGAUGUGCAUAAUUGCACCAGUUUAAUAAGUUUGUUCUGAAGUAAGGCACGGUUUUUCAUUUUGAUUUAGCUUGAAUGUACCCAAGUUAGACAAGGUCAGGAAACAUCUAACGGCUUGACAAGAUAAAGUUUAUUUUUGAAUGAACAUUUUCUAAAAUGUGAUAUUGAAUGGUUUAUAAAUUGUUACUUUGUGAUGUGUUGAAGUGUUUAGAAAGCUGAUUGUUAAAUAUUUAUUCAAUUGAAAAAGUAAUAUGUUUAUAAAUUUCUAUUCAUAAAUACUCAAAUAAAUUAUUUUAGUAAUA